UAAAUGUUUAUUUAUUCUUAAAUUGUUAAUAAUUUUUAAUACAUAGUUAAUAGUUAUCAAAUAAACUUGUUGAUAAAAAAUAAACAAAAAAAAAUGACACCACCAAUGGAAAGAAUACAAACAUUAGAAGCAAUUGAAAAGGAUAUCAUUACAUGUUUACAAAGUGCUGGUCAGGCAUUUCAGGAAUUAAGUAAAGAAAAAUCAAGUUUAAAACAAGCUGAAACACAAACACAUCAAUUUUUAAAAACACUUGGUCAUGUUGAAUCAAAAUUAAGUGAACAAAUAAAUUAUUUAACACAAGUAUCAACAGGACAACCACAUGAAGGUUCUGGUUAUGCAAGUCAAAAAGUAUUGCAAAUGGCAUGGCACAGAUUGGAGCAUGCAAGAAGUAGAGUUAAUGAAUUAGAAAAACUUAAAAAUAAACAUCUUCAUGGAAGAUCAUAUGCUAGAGCACCACAACAACAAGUACCAUCAUCAAGUGCACCAGCUCCAAUGUCACAGACAAAUGCAAAUACAUAAAUUAAUAUAAUAUUAUUAUAAUUAUUUAUAUUGUGAUUAUAACAAUCAUAAUUGUCUCUUUUUAUUUUUAUUAAUUUUUCAAUAUUUAAAAAAAAAAAAUAUAAAAAACAAACUGGAUAUUAUAAAUUAUUUCUAUUCUAUUUUUCUUUUUUUAAAUUCUUUAACGUCAAAAUAUUCUAAUCAUUCAUGGAAUAAUCUAAUAAGUAUAAAAUACAAUUUUUCUUUUUCUUUUUCUUAAAUAUAUAUUUUUUUGAUUGUUUAUUUAAAAAUAAAACUCAAGGCACCAAACCAUCUAUUCCAUUAAAUCGUCUUUUGACUAGCAUAUCAACAGUUCCAGUCAACUGAAG